AGCCAGGAGAAGGCCUAGUGGCUGGGAGGUGCCAUGGAGGAGUACUUCUUCCGCAAUGCUGACUUGGAGCUAGAUGAGGUGGAGGACUUCCUUGGGGAGCUCAUGACCAACGAAUUUGAUACAGUUGUGGAGGAUGGGAGUCUGCCCCAGUUGAGCCAGCAGCUGAAGAGCAUGUUCCACCACUUCCAGAGGGGUGAUGGGGCCACUCUGAAGGAGAUGGCCUCCCACAUCACCCAAAGAAAGUGCAGGGUUAGAGCCAUCGCACUUACCACAGCCAGAGAGACAGAUGAGGAUGAUGUAGACAGCGUGGAGGAGAAGAAGGUUACAGCUACGAAUGAUGGGGCAGCUACCGAUGAAGUCUGCUCCCAGCCUGAACCCUCUGGUGCGGACUCCCAGACUAUUAAGGAAGAAGAUAUAGUGGCGGAUGGCUGGUCAUUAAUAAAAAAAAAAAAAAAAAAAGACUGUAAGCCAACUCUUCAAGUCAUCUAUGAAUAA